UUACAGCAGUAAUGGAUGUUCCUGGUCCGUCACUCUCGGGUCGCGAGAAGCAUCAUUUGGAGACGUCGGAUGCAUCAUCGCUUUUCCUGCUCAAAGGUGAGUUAUAUCGAAAAAUCAACGAGCAGCGUCAAAAAUCUACUACAGCUACAGCGAAAGUUCCCGGCAAGAAGAGUGUUCUGCGAAUUAACAAGGAAGAAGAAAAAAAAAUUGCGGAAGAGAAGCGGCAACGGGAAGCACGCAUUCGUGAGCUAGAAAAGUCUAUAGCACAUGAUGAAGAGCAAAGGAAAAGAGUGCAAAAGAUACUGGAAGAGAAAAGUGAAAUUUACGCUCGUCUAAGUCGAGGUGAAGAAGUGUUAAAUGGUGACAAUGAACCAGUAGAAUUCUUAGUGGAUUUUAAUGCAAAGAAACGUGAGCAGGAAGAGCAACGUUUGAAUGAUGCUGAAAAAGCAAAAAAUGAAAAGAGCGAAGCAAUACACUUCAAUCCAAAUGAAGAACAACGGGUUUACGGUGUGUCCCAUGUUCCGCUCCCAGUCAGCGAAACGAAAAGACAAGAACAAAUACAAGAAUUGCUUGAGCUAAGUAAGAAAACUGAAAUCAAUCGAGCGAAAAGAAAACAGAUACUUGAAGAGCGGGAAAAAAAGAAAUGGGAACAGUUGAAUAGGGUCCGGAAACGGAAAGGUCUGGAAGAAUUACCCCUGUGGAAAUCCGAAGAUGACAAUGAAGCGAAGUUCCUUGACAUUCCUCUUCCUGAUCAGGCGCCAAUUGAAGCUUGCGCAGGACAGUCAGAACCGAAAAAAUUCACUCCUGUUCGCGAAUGGGACCGUGGAAAAGUCCUUUAUGAUAGAUGGAUCACAAAGCAGCGUGAUGAACGUGAUGAUGAAUUUGCACCACCUUCGAGCUACUUCAAAUAAUUGAUAAUUGAGCGUGCUGCUUCUUUCUUAGGCAUUUAAAAAUUUGAUGUUAUAUGCGUGUAGAUCAUAAUAAAGGCAUUUGACAAA